AUGGACAGCAGAAGCCCAUCCAUCGCCUGCUUAGGCUUCAUCGGCCGCCACAACAACCCUCUCCAUAUCUCACUUUUCCCAGCAACAGGCACUGGCUAUGAAGCCGAGAGAAACAAGCUCGAAUACUCUUUCAUGCUCAACUCAUGCCUGGACAUCUUCGAGGGACGCAUGCCGACGAAGGGGCUCACUCAGGAUUUCGGACUACUUCAUGCACUCGACGAGCGAAUUGCCAUGUACGGAUGGGUCACCAACACCGGCGUCAAGAUCGUGAUCGUCGUCGACAUGGAGGGCGUACCUGCUGAGGGAGCGAAGGUGACGGCGGGUUUGGGAUUGAGGAACUCUGAUCUUACGCCUGCGUUUCAUGCACUGCAGACUGCGUACAUCCGUUUGCUACGAAACCCAUUCUACGUACCGGACCAUCAUAACCCGAAGCUCAGCAAAGGCACAGGUUCAUUGCAGAUCACGAGUCCGCGGUUCAUCAAGGAAAUUGAACGUGUUGGCAAGACCUGGUACCCUGGCAUCGGCACGAUGUGA